GCAAUGAAAUCUCAAGUGUUAAAAUGUUCUUCUGCAGUACCUACCCUGCAAUUCCACAGUUGAGGCGAAAGAAGGUUCCAUGGACAAUUGAGGAAGAACGGAUGCUUAGGGAGGGAGUAAGCAAAUUUGCAAGUACUGCUGGUGGAAAUGUCCCAUGGAAGGAAAUUCUGGACUUUGGUGCUUCAGUGUUUCUCAAAUGCCGUACUACAGUUGACCUAAAGGAUAAAUGGAGGAACAUGUGCAAGGGAACCCCAAAGCGCAAGAAACGAUCUCAUACUGGUGGGGCAUAACAACAAUUGGCUUUUAUACCUUGGUUGCUUUUGUCAUAUUGAACAUAGACUACCGUCACCAGAAAUAUUAAUUUAAGGCAUGUCUAAAUAGCUGAGAGCUAAAGUCCUUUGGUGAUUCUAUCAAAGUAUUCACCAAGUCUCAUCUUAAAGCCGGGAAGAGAGGUUUAAGAGAAGGGAAAGGUUACUCCCGUGUAAAGCAGGUGGGAGCCACCUUUUUUGGGAAGCAAAUUGUAAAUAUAAUCAGCAGUGGCAAUGAGCUUUAUGUUCAUUCUAGUUCUCUUCUCCUCGAGUUUUUAAUUUUUUGGUUAGUGUUACUGUUCUCCUUCUUAUGUAUAUAUGUGCUCUCUCUUGAAAAAUACGAAAAUGCUCUUGGUGAAAGGCCAAAGGAUAGUUUGCUUUGUGCCCUUGCUCAGCUUUGCUGUAUGCGAGUCACAACACAACUAUGAUCAUCAUCAUGACAUGUAUCAUGUAUGUGCAUGAGACUUCCCAAUUCAACAUGUGACAUGAUUUUGUGCUCCCUCUCUUAAAAUUUAUAGUAUAGCUAGAGAGAUAGACGGGCAUGGGAAAAAGGUGAAGGGAGUCCCGGGAAUCAGGUCAUGG